AUGGUGGACCCUGUGCCUGAGGAAGAGGAGGAAAAGGCAGGAGCUGAACCAAACAGCGCUGGAGAAGAUGGGGCAGCUGCAACUGCAUCCUCUGUCCCUACUGGUGCCCAGCAACCCCCCAAUGGAACAUCUGCCUCUCCAAGCCUUCCUAGCAAAGCUGAGGGCCUGCCGAGCUACAGGGAGGGUCGGCAGCGGGAACAGUCGCCUAUGCUUCACCUAGAUCUGUUCAAUUUUGACUGUCCAGAAGCAGAGGGCAGCCGCUAUGUGCUCACCAGCCCCCGCUCAUUGGAGGCCUGUGCUAGAUGUGCAGUUAAGCCUGUGGAGCUGUUGCCUCGGGCACUGGCUGACUUAGUGCGUGAGGCCCCAGGCCGCUCUAUGCGGGUGGCUACAGGGCUUUAUGAAGUGUAUGAGGCGGAGCGUCUAGCCAAGCUGCAGCAGUGCCGGGCUGAGCGCGAGCACAUCAUCAAGGAGGAAAAACGGCGUCUCUUCACUCCUCUGGGCUCCACCACAGCGGUUCCGACUACAGGUCCAGUCCUGUCUGCAGGCCCGGGCAGCAGUAGCAGCUGCAGCAGUAGCGCAAGCCUUCCAGCUUCACCUGCUCCCCGCGCUGCCUGCAAAUCCUCAUCGCAUCCCUCACCGGGUCGGACCAAGCCUCCUCCAGCUGCUUCCAGACCAGGAAAAAAGAGUCACUCACUUGAUUCUCUGUCCCGCCGGCGAGAAGGUACUCUAAGCUCAGAAUCUGGGGCCUCUUCUUCCUCCUACAGUGGUGAUAGUCUAAGGGAGCACUGGCUACCUCGAAGCCCAGCCACUGGCAGCCUCCUUGCAGGGUCUGCUGCCUCAGCCCCUAAUCCACAGACUCGGCCGCCCGCCUUGACCCUCACUCCACUAUCAGGGCGCAGUUUCAGUUUGAGCGACCUAUGUCACUCACCCCAGACAACCCGCCAUGUGGAGAGAAUAGUGCGCCAGGUGCGUGAAGAGAAGGGCCUCCGUGGACUGCCAGAACGUGAUCGUAAGAUUGCGGCUCUUAUGCUGGCCCGGCACCAGGAAGAAGAGCUCCUGCGUGAACAGCAAGCGUUUGCCCACGGCCAGUGGGAGCUGCAGCGGACCGAGGCCAUGAAGCAGCGGGAAAAAGAAGAGAAGGAGAAGCAAAGAGCUCUAAUGAAAUGCCACCAGGUCUGGGUAGCACAAGUUGAGGACCGCCUGGACAAGUUGGACCGUGAGGAACGGAGGGCUGCCAGGCGACUGAGGCGCCGGUUUGCUCAAGGCGAUGAGCAGAGGCUUGAACUCGUGGAGAGGCAAAGCCAACUUCGGCUUGAGCGGGCUCAGCGGGCGGCCCUGGAAGAUAGGAUGCGUAAACUGCAACAAGAACACAACCUCAAACUUUGGGAGGAAGGUCGCCAGAAAGAGCGGGAGAGGGUUAGCCACGCUCGACGGGAGCGAGCAGAGAGGGCAGCCCAAACAAAGCGGAGACAGGUCACCUAUAUACAGAGGGAGAAGCAGCAGCUAAGCCAGGCUGAGCGGGCACAUCAUGAGGCACUAUUACAGGGGUUGGCCCGGAAAGAGCGGAAGGAAAAUGAAGGACUGCGAAUGUCUCUGGAAGCGAGCCUGGAUAGGGCACAGGAGAACUACGAACAGAUGCUGGCACAACGAAGCCGGCAUUUGCAAGAGAAAGCACGGAAGGAAGAAUUGCAAAGCAGGAGGGCUAAAGAGCUGGCGGAGCGCAAGGAAAAAGAACACCAACAGCAUUUGGAGGCACUGGCCAGAGUUGGAGAAAUGCGGAUGCAGCAUGCGACGCAGGUGGCGUCGGAGGCCGUGCAGUUGAAAGCCCGUCGAGUAGGGCAGAGCCGCCUGGAGAAAGAGCGAACGCAGCGGGCCAAUAAGGAAAAGGUAGACCGGGAAAAGGACAGCCGACGGCGGGAGCUGCAGCAGGCCAUCGAGCGCAAAUCUGAGAGGACUGAGCGCCUAUCCCGAGAGAGGCGGAGCGCGUUGGAGAAUGCCCGUUCCAGUGCUCGCGCUUCUUUCCACGUACGUGAAAAGGUGCGUGAGGAGACUAAAACGCGUACCUUUGAUCGAAUGGCGAUGGAAGCCAAGCUUCAUGCUAGUCUAGGCAGGAAAUGA